AUGUCCGACAUUUACAGUAGCUUUGAGUUUGAUUACGAACAAGCGCUUACGCUUACCGGGUUCGGUUGGUUUCACUAUCGCUUGCUGGCAUUAUGCGGAUUGAUAUACGCCAACACGGCCAUCGGCAUCACCGUGAUGUCGUUUGUGUUGCCGUCCGCUACCUGCGACUUUCGAAUGACGUCGGAGGAUAAGGGUUGGCUAACAGCGGCCCCAAUGCUUGGUAUGGUCGUCGGUUCUUACUUCUGGGGUUGUCUGGCAGACACAAAAGGACGACGGAUCGUGUUAAUUGCCGCACUGCUGCUGGACGGUACGAUCGGUCUACUGUCAACUGCAGCACAAAUUUUCCCCAUCUUCAUGUUUCUUCGGUUCAUCAACGGGUUUGCCAUUACCGGUGCUAUGGGCAUCUGCUUUCCGUACCUGGGCGAAUUUCAGCCGACGGCAUACCGUGAAAAAAUUCUCUGCUGGAUGGAGCUGUUCUGGACGCUGGGUAUCGUAGUGCUGCCGUGUAUUGCAUGGCUCAUCAUACCGCUGCCAUUGCACUUCGGAUCGGCAGAUGGAGGUGUCAUGUUCGGUAGCUGGAAUUUGUUCGUAGCACUCUGUUCCAUUCCAAGCCUUCUACUAGGACUGUGGCUGUUGUAUUUUCCCGAGAGUCCAAAGUUUCUGAUCGAAUGCGGUGAACCUGCGCUUGCGCUAGAGAUACUGAAGGAUAUCUACCAGAUCAACACAGGUCGUGACCGCAAUGAAUGUCCGGUUGGCCGGCUGAAGGAGUCGGACCGGAGCAACACCAUCAUGGAAACGCACAAUCGCUCGAUCCGCACGUUCAACAUACACGAUCCGAAGCACAUGAAGAUCCUGCUGCCGGAAAUAUGGGAACAAACGAAAGCCCUCUGCAGUGCCGAGUUUAGGCGCAACACUGCGCUCGCCUGCCUGAUCCAGUUCGGUAUUACCACCAGCUACUACACGCUGAUGAUCUGGUUUCCGGAGCUGUUCGGUCGGUUCGAGGAGUACGAGAAGCGGUACCCGAACGCAACCGUAUCCGUCUGUGACGUGUCUUCGAUAGUGCUGGAGAACGUGAACGAUACGCUCGUCGACGACUUUUGCGGCACGCCUAUUGACACGAAGGUGUAUUGGCAUACGCUACUGCUUGGUAUUGCCUGCAUACCAACGAGCCUUUGGUUGCCGCUGUGUGUGCAUCGGCUUGGAGCUAAGUUCUUUCUCAUAUUCAGUCUGACGGUGGCUGGUCUCGUUACUGUCGGACUCGCGUACGUUGGCAACUCGACGCAAAAUCUCAUUCUUUCCUGCAUUUUCGAAGCACUUACCUCCAUGGGGAUCAGCACCGUCUACUGCGUAAUGGUGGAUCUAUUUCCAACCAAUCUACGAGUAAUGGCGGCUGCAUUUUCCCUUACAUUUGGUCGCUGUGGAGCGUUGCUUGGAAACCUACUGUUCGGGUUUCUCGUCGACUUGAACUGUUUCGUUCCGAUAGUGCUGUUUUCGAUUAUGCUCUUUGGUAGCGCAAUAUUGUGCUUUUUUCUACCCAACACCGGAACUACGGCUCUUCAGUAG